AUGAGUUAUCUUACCGCAAAAUGGCCUAAAGGACUCCUGGACAGGGUCGACGACGACCGCACCGAUGAAGACGCAGUUAUCAAUAAAUACGCCGUCUUCAACCGACACCCCUACGAGUCUGGACCCGCAAACGAAGGAUCCUUGGAUACGCUGGAGGAGGCAAAUUUGGCGGUCCUGGCAAAUUUUCAAGACAGGUACAAUGGUUUCCUGCUCAAAGAGGAUGUGUCCAACAUUGUCAAAGAGGGCACCACAGAAGUUCAGUUGGAUGACGGUGCAUGGCUAGUCCGUCUUCCUGGAGAGCCGAGGCUUACUGCUACUGGUUCGUAUUCGGGUGAGGCAUGCCAGGUCUGGGCUCAGUUGCAGGCAAACUAA